GUUGAUUCUAUGCGGACUGCAGUUUCAGCGAAUCACGAAUACAGAACGGAUACGGUGCACGAUUGAACAUAUAAUUAAUUAUACAAUAUAAUAAAACAAAAACAAAAAAAAAAACAAAGAAUAUAAAAACUAAAAACAAAAACAUAUUAUUUGAAAAUAUAUAUAUAUAUAUAUAAAUAUAUAUACAACGAAUUUAAUUAACUUAAAAAAUAAAAUUUAAAUUAUCAAAAAAAUUCUUAAUGAUUAAAAUUAAUAAUCAUAAUAAUAAUUAAACGUAUUAUUGGAGUAAAUUAUAAAUAUUCAUCUAAAAAUAAUUUGCAAUCAUUGUUUAUUCUGCUAACUACAGCGAAAUACGCAACUUUUAUAUCGAACCAACGAAUUCGUGAUAGCCGGCGGGCGCCUCACGAAAAUGGCGCCUCGGAUAUAGUUGUAACUAUAGCGUAGAAGGCGACAUCCAUGUGCCUCAUGCCUUGGAAAUCUGAGGCUCUCAUCGUUGGCCGUAUAGACAAUGACAGAAGACUCCGACUCGAUAUCUGAGGAAGAACGCAGUUUGUUCCGUCCCUUUACCCGUGAAUCAUUGGUGGCUAUAGAAGCCCGUAUUGCCGUUGAACAUGCCAAACAAAAAGAGCUGGAAAGGAAGAGAGCCGAGGGAGAGGUGCCGCAAUAUGGUCGCAAGAAAAAGCAAAAAGAAAUACGAUAUGACGACGACGACGAGGAUGAAGGUCCACAACCGGAUCCUGCACUUGAACAGGGUGUACCCAUACCAGUUCGACUGCAGGGCGGCUUCCCGCCGGAACUGGCCUCCACUCCUCUCGAGGAUAUUGAUCCCUUCUAUUCGAAUAUACUGACGUUUGUAGUAAUAAGUAAAGGCAAAGAUAUUUUUCGUUUUUCCGCAACAAAAGCAAUGUGGCUGCUCGAUCCAUUCAAUCCAAUUCGCCGAGUAGCUAUUUAUAUUUUAGUACAUCCACUAUUUUCACUUUUUAUAAUAACAACUAUUCUCACUAAUUGUAUAUUGAUGAUAAUGCCUACCACACCAACAGUGGAAUCUACAGAGGUGAUAUUCACCGGAAUCUACACAUUUGAAUCAGCUGUUAAAGUGAUGGCACGAGGUUUCAUAUUAAGCCCGUUUACGUAUCUUAGAGAUGCAUGGAAUUGGCUGGACUUCGUAGUAAUAGCUUUAGCCUAUGUGACCAUGGGUAUAGAUUUGGGUAAUCUCGCGGCCUUAAGAACGUUCAGAGUGCUGCGAGCUCUCAAAACGGUAGCUAUUGUUCCAGGCUUAAAAACCAUCGUUGGUGCUGUCAUAGAAUCAGUUAAAAAUCUGCGCGAUGUGAUAAUUUUAACAAUGUUUUCAUUAUCAGUGUUCGCUCUGAUGGGCCUUCAAAUUUAUAUGGGUGUUUUAACACAAAAGUGCGUUUUAAGAUUUCCCCUUGACGGUUCAUGGGGUAAUCUUACCGAUGAAAAUUGGGAAAUGUUUUGCAGAAAUGAAAGUCAUUGGUUUGUAAAUAAAGAUGGCAAUAUACCAUUAUGUGGUAAUUCAUCAGGUGCUGGUACAUGUGGAGAAGAUUAUGUAUGUUUGCAAGGUUAUGGAGAUAAUCCAGAUUAUGGUUAUACUAGUUUUGAUUCCUUUGGUUGGGCAUUUUUAUCAGCCUUUCGCCUUAUGACACAAGAUUAUUGGGAAAAUUUAUAUCAAUUAGUUUUACGAUCAGCUGGCCCAUGGCAUAUGUUAUUUUUUAUUGUAAUUAUAUUCUUAGGCUCAUUCUAUCUCGUUAACUUGAUAUUGGCUAUUGUCGCCAUGUCAUACGAUGAAUUACAAAAGAAAGCUGAAGAAGAAGAAGCUGCCGAAGAAGAAGCUAUUAGAGAGGCUGAAGAGGCUGCUGCCGCAAAAGCUGCAAAACUGGAGGACAGAGCAGCGGCUGCUGCUGCGGCUGCCGAGGCAUCACAACAUGCUGAAAUGGUAAAAAGUCCAUCUGAUUUUUCGUGUCACAGUUAUGAGCUAUUCGUUGGACAGGAAAAGGGCAACGAUGACAACAACAAGGAGAAAAUGUCCAUCCGUAGCGAAGGAUUGGAGUCGGUGAGCGAAAUGCAAAGACCAACCGCACCUACAGCUUAUCCAUCCGCAACUAAGGUCCGUAAAGUCAGUACGGCUUCUCUAUCUUUACCUGGAUCACCUUUUAAUCCUCGAAGAGGAUCACGUGGUUCACAUCAGUUUACGAUACGAAACGGUCGUGGACGAUUCGGUGUUCCAGGUAGUGAUCGUAAGCCGUUAGUUUUAUCAACAUAUCUGGAUGCACAAGAACAUCUACCAUAUGCAGAUGAUUCAAAUGCAGUAACACCAAUGUCUGAAGAGAAUGGCGCGAUAAUAGUUCCCGUAUACUAUGGAAACCUAGGUAGAUCACGUCAUUCCUCUUAUACCUCGCAUCAAUCUAGAAUAUCAUAUACAUCCCAUGGUGACUUAUUAGGCGGUAUGACUAAAGAAAGUAAAUUAAUGAAUAGAUCGCGUAGAAACCAAUCUAUAGCACCAUCGAAUGGAACCAGCUGUUAUGUAGACAAUAAAUUUUCGGGCCAUCGUGAUUAUGACCCAUCAACAGACUGUACAGAUGAAGCUGGUAAAGUUAAACAACCCGACAAUCCUUUUAUUGAGCCCGUCCAAACGCAAACAGUAGUCGACAUGAAAGAUGUUAUGGUAUUAAAUGAUAUUAUAGAACAAGCCGCUGGUCGGCAGAGUCGAACAAGCGAUCGGGGAGUUUCUGUUUACUAUUUUCCAACAGAGGAAGACGACGACGAAGACGGUCCAACAUUCAAAGAUAAAGCAUUAGAAGUUAUAUUAAAGGGAAUCGAGAUAUUUUGCGUUUGGGAUUGUUGUCGGCCUUGGUUAAUAUUUCAAGGUUGGGUGUCAUGGCUAGUUUUCGAUCCAUUUGUAGAACUUUUUAUAACAUUAUGUAUUGUUGUCAAUACAUUAUUUAUGGCAUUAGAUCAUCAUGAUAUGAAUAAAGAUAUGGAAAAAGCAUUAAAAAGUGGUAAUUAUUUUUUCACGGCAACAUUUGCCAUCGAAGCCACUUUGAAAUUAGUAGCAAUGAGUCCAAAAUAUUAUUUCCAAGAGGGGUGGAACAUUUUUGAUUUUAUAAUUGUAGCUUUAUCAUUACUUGAACUUGGUUUAGAAGGAGUUCAAGGUUUAUCUGUAUUACGUUCAUUUCGAUUGCUUCGAGUAUUUAAACUAGCAAAAUCUUGGCCGACACUAAAUUUACUAAUUUCGAUUAUGGGCCGUACUAUGGGCGCUUUGGGUAAUCUAACGUUUGUAUUGUGUAUUAUCAUCUUCAUAUUUGCCGUGAUGGGAAUGCAACUUUUUGGAAAAAAUUAUACCGAUCAUCAAGAUAAAUUUGAUGGUGGAGAACUACCUCGAUGGAAUUUUACUGAUUUCAUGCAUUCAUUCAUGAUAGUAUUUCGUGUCUUAUGUGGAGAAUGGAUCGAAUCAAUGUGGGAUUGUAUGCAUGUUGGUGAUUUUUCAUGCAUUCCAUUCUUUUUAGCUACAGUUGUUAUUGGAAAUUUGGUCGUACUUAAUCUUUUCUUAGCCUUGCUUUUGUCUAAUUUUGGUUCAUCAAGUUUAGCAGCACCAGCCGCCGACAACGAUACUAACAAAAUAGCCGAAGCCUUUAAUAGAAUAGCACGUUUUAAAAAAUGGGUUAAAAAUUUAGUUAUAAAUUUUUUUAAAUCGAUACGUAAUAAAUUGACAAAUCAAAUAAGUGAUCAACCGCCAGGUGAGAGGACCAACCACAUCAGUUGGAUAUGGAAUGAAGGCAAGGGGGUUUGUCGUUGUAUAUCUGCAGAACAUGGUGAUAAUGAGUUCGAGUUAGGACCCGAUGACAUCCUGGCUGAUGGACUUCUGAAAAAGGGUACAAAGGAACAAAAUCAACUGGAAGUUGCAAUAGGUGAUGGAAUGGAAUUUACAAUACACGGUGAUCUAAAAAAUAAUAAAUCGAAAAAAGGAAAAUUAUUAAAUAAUGCAACGAUGAUUGGAAAUUCGAUUAACCACCAAGACAAUAGACUGGAACACGAAUUAAACCAUAGAGGUUUGUCCUUGCAGGACGAUGACACUGCCAGCAUUAAUUCAUAUGGUAGCCAUAAGAAUCGACCAUUCAAGGAUGAAAGUCAUAAGGGUAGCGCUGAAACAAUGGAUGGCGAAGAAAAACGUGAUGUUAGUAAAGAAGAUUUAGGUUUAGAUGAAGAAUGCGACGAAGAAGGUGAAGGUGAAGAAGGUGCACUAGAUGGUGAUAUUAUUAUACAUGCACACGAUAAUGAAGUAAUAUUAGAUGAAUAUCCAGCUGAUUGCUGCCCAGACUCAUAUUAUCAGAAAUUCCCAUUCUUAGCCGGUGAUGAAGAUUCACCAUUUUGGCAAGGAUGGGGUAAUUUACGACUGAAAACUUUUCAAUUAAUUGAAAAUAAAUAUUUUGAAACAGCUGUCAUUACAUUGAUUUUACUCAGUAGUUUAGCUUUGGCUCUAGAGGAUGUUCAUCUUCCCCAUCGACCAAUAUUACAAGAUAUCCUUUAUUAUAUGGACAGAAUAUUUACAGUGAUAUUUUUCAUAGAAAUGUUAAUCAAAUUUUUGGCUUUGGGCUUUAAAGUUUAUUUUACGAAUGCGUGGUGCUGGCUUGAUUUUGUUAUUGUAAUGGUAUCGCUUAUCAACUUUGUCGCUUCACUUGUUGGAGCCGGUGGUAUUCAAGCCUUCAAAACUAUGCGAACAUUAAGAGCACUGAGACCUCUACGUGCCAUGUCCCGUAUGCAGGGCAUGAGGGUCGUCGUUAAUGCGCUGGUUCAAGCUAUACCGUCCAUCUUCAAUGUGCUAUUGGUGUGUCUAAUAUUUUGGCUUAUUUUUGCCAUUAUGGGUGUACAGCUUUUUGCUGGAAAAUAUUUUAAGUGUGUCGAUGGAAAUGGUAGUACAAUAAGUCAUGAGAUUAUACCCAAUAAAAAUGCAUGCGAAAUAGAAAAUUAUACAUGGUCGAAUUCACCAAUGAAUUUUGAUCAUGUUGGCAAUGCCUAUCUAUGUUUAUUUCAAGUGGCGACAUUUAAAGGUUGGAUACAAAUCAUGAACGAUGCCAUCGAUUCAAGAGAAGUGGACAAACAACCGAUACGCGAAAUAAAUAUCUACAUGUAUUUAUAUUUUGUAUUCUUCAUUAUAUUUGGAUCAUUUUUCACAUUAAAUCUAUUCAUUGGUGUCAUCAUCGAUAAUUUUAAUGAGCAAAAGAAAAAGGCCGGCGGAUCAUUGGAAAUGUUUAUGACUGACGAUCAGAAAAAGUACUACAAUGCUAUGAAAAAGAUGGGCUCCAAGAAACCAUUAAAAGCGACGCCUAGACCUAGGUGGCGACCACAAGCAAUAGUAUUUGAAAUAGUAACAGAUAAAAAAUUCGAUAUUGUUAUAAUGUUAUUUAUUGGCUUAAAUAUGUUUACAAUGACACUCGAUAAAUAUAAUGCACCGGACUAUUAUAAUAAAGUAUUAGACUAUCUGAACAUGAUAUUCGUUGUUAUAUUCAGUGCAGAAUGUCUACUCAAAAUAUUCGCAUUACGAUAUCAUUAUUUUGUUGAGCCAUGGAAUUUAUUUGAUGUUGUAGUCGUCGUAUUAUCCAUCCUAGGUCUUGUUCUUAGCGACAUUAUCGAAAAAUAUUUUGUAUCACCAACAUUACUUCGUGUUGUUCGUGUAGCUAAAGUAGGUCGUGUUCUACGUUUGGUCAAAGGUGCGAAAGGUAUUCGAACAUUACUUUUUGCCCUGGCCAUGUCCCUACCAGCCUUAUUUAAUAUUUGCCUAUUGCUAUUUCUUGUAAUGUUCAUCUUUGCAAUAUUUGGGAUGUCAUUUUUUAUGCAUGUAAAACGAAAAAGUGGUAUAGAUGAUGUUUAUAAUUUCGAAACGUUUGGACAGAGUAUGAUAAUCCUGUUCCAGAUGUCAACGUCAGCUGGUUGGGACGGUGUUCUAGAUGCUAUAAUUAAUGAAGAAGAUUGUGUUAAACCAAAUCCAGAUUUGGGUGAAACUGGAAAUUGUGGUUCAGCAACAGUUGGAAUCACUUAUUUACUAUCAUAUUUAGUUAUAAGCUUCUUAAUUGUGAUUAACAUGUACAUUGCUGUUAUUCUCGAAAAUUACAGCCAGGCUACUGAAGAUGUUCAAGAAGGUUUAACCGAUGAUGAUUAUGACAUGUACUAUGAAAUAUGGCAGCAAUUUGAUCCAGAUGGAACACAAUAUAUUCGCUACGAUCAAUUAUCAGAAUUUUUAGACGUACUCGAACCGCCAUUACAAAUCCAUAAACCAAAUAAAUAUAAAAUUAUAUCAAUGGAUAUACCAAUAUGUCGCGGUGAUCUUAUGUUUUGUGUUGAUAUAUUGGAUGCCUUAACGAAAGAUUUUUUCGCUCGUAAAGGUAAUCCAAUUGAAGAAACCGGCGAAAUUGGUGAAAUUGCGGCUAGACCCGAAGAAGCUGGGUAUGAACCUGUAUCAUCUACUUUAUGGCGACAAAGAGAAGAAUAUUGUGCGCGUUUAAUACAAAACGCAUGGCGGAAGCACAAAUUACAUAAAGAUGAUGGCCAUGAAGGUGAUACAGAUUAUACUGAUGGCGGGGGCGAGGAUGACGAUGAUGACGAUGAUGAUGAAAAUAAUACAGGACGUGAUGGUAAAAACGGUGGAAGUAUACCAUCAAAAAGUAAUAGUAAUGUAGGUAGCGCUGGUGUAAAUAGUCCAUCAGAAUUACAACAUAAAGAAACAACUGACGGUCCUCUUAGUCCAGGUAGUGGGGGUAGUGGUGACCAACAAGGCCGUCAGACAGCAGUUUUAGUUGAAAGUGAUGGUUACAUCACUAAAAACGGUCAUAAGGUUGUAAUACACUCAAGAUCACCCAGUAUAACAUCUAAAACAGCGGAUGUCUGAGCCAGGCCUCGCCCCCCUCUCCAAGAAGCACGACAGAAUUAAUCUAAUUUUUUAAUUUUUUUUUUCAUAGUCUUUUAAGUUAAAGUAAAUCUUGUUUCUUUAAUUUAAAUUUUGAAAUAAUUUCAAUUUAUUUAAAGGAAGAAGAAAUUUAUAUAAAAAUAUUUCUUAGUUAUUAAAAAUUCAAAAGAAAAAACAAAAUUCAAAUCGUCAAUAAGAAAAAUAAGUAUGAAAUAAUUGUAAAAAAAGAAUGUUAGAUAACUAAUCUAAAAUAAUUUCAACAAAAAAUGUAUAUUUUUAGUUUUCGUUUUUUUUUUUCAUUUAAUUUAAUUAAAAUACAUGAAAUGGUUCAAAAAUAUACAUUUCAGGAAAGUAUUUUUUUUUUCGUUUUGUUUUCUUUUUCAAAUUAAAGUUAAUCUUUAAUUGGUGCAGAUAAUAAAAAAAAUCUUGAUUUAUAAUAUUAAUAAUUAUAUUAAGUUUUAUAUAAAAAAACAAACAUAAUAAAAAUAAAAUAGAUAUUUAGAAAGAAGUAUAAUCUAACAAAAUGCAAACUAUUACCAUUAGGGAUAUUCGAAAAAGACACCCCAUAUUACACUAAUUUUCGCUCAUGUGUAGUUAAGAUUUAAAUAUAUUUUCUAAAAGUUUUAAAAUAUUUAUAUUAUUAAAAAAUUUUACAAGUAUUCUCCCAUGGUCUAGUAACUCAUAUAUAUAUAAACGUAUAAGUAUAUACGUGACGUAUAUUAGUAAACUCAAUUCCAAAUUUAAAUGCUUUAUACAUAUAGUUGAUUAAUACAAUAAUUGCUUUAUUAUUAAUAUAUUUAUCAUUAAACAUACAUAUUAUGUAACAUUCCACGCUUUCAGUUUAUAAAAUUUAUUCUCAAACUUCAAAAUCAGUUUACCUAAAAUUUCCAAAUCAAUCAAAAAAAAAUAUUAUUAUUAUCUUACCAGAGAAUAUCCCUAAAAAAUUUUGCGACAAAUGACAAAUACCUACUAUUAAAUAUUCUUUCUAAAUGUAAAAAAAUAUGUAUAAAAAAAUGAAUAUACAAAAUUAUAAACAAAUAUAAUAAUUAUGUUAAAUUAAAAAAUUUUAUAACAUUGAAAAUACAAUGGAAGCCGACUGCCAUAUAAAAAAAAAUAGUAAUUAAAAAUAACAAAAUAAUAAUGUUGAAAUUAAAUAAAAAAAAUUAUAACUUAUAAGAAUAAAUUUAGUCUAAAAAAUGAAUUUAGCGUAAUGUUUUUAAAAAAAUAAAAUCAAGUCAUAGCUAACAACAGUGACGUAAAGACGGAAGUAAAAAAACAAAAAAAAAACGGGUUAUUCAAUACUAAAAUUAAUAUUUUAACUAA